AUGUCAAUCCCUGUGAACACAGUGACCGGAUCAUCUAAUAAUAAAAACGAUUCACAAAUUGCAACAAAUAUUGCAACACCACCUGAAAACAAGAUCGAUAGUUGUCCCACAUUUACUACAUCAUUGUUUCACGCUACACCAUCGCCAUCAGAAGCACUUAGAAAACGUAGAGACAAUAAUAUAAUGGGCUUUCCACAAGAUGUUGGUACCUUCUUCACUCCAACACAGCAACAUCAUCCCUUGUAUACAAUCGAUAGAAGAACAGGUUUAAAAGUUACUAUUAACUCUAAAGUAGAUCGUGGGUUUUUUUUGGCCGACAAUGAUUGGACAUGCUACAGAAGAAACUAUUUCCAAAUCAGUUCUACCUUCUCGAUUUCUGCACUGGAUAAUUCGGUUGAUGAGAGUGAGGUGUCAUGUAUAAUUGAGGUCGAAGGUCAAACUCAUGCGGUCACCCAAUUUUUGCUAGCCAUCUCGGCCAAGGUUUCAAACAGUGAUAAAAAAAUAGACCUAGUUCAACAUACACCUAAACGAGACAAAGGUCCUCAGAUGGUUCCUGUGUUAAAGCCAAUUCAUCCUGGUGGAAACCUUAAUUUAAAUCUGGUAGGAACAUAUUCAAAUAUUGUUACGUUUGAACGUAUCCAAUUUAAAACUGCGACUGCAAAUAAUGGUAAACGUAGAGCAGCUCAACAAUACUAUGUGGUGAUGAUUGAUUUGUAUGCUCAGGCUGAUAAUAAUGAAUCGUAUAAACUUGCAACAACAACUUCAGCACCUUUGGUAGUUCGUGGUCGUAGUCCUGGUCAUUAUGCUGACAGUCAUGAACGUUUUAAUCCUAUACAAAUGCACCAAGCUUUUCCAAAUGAUGCUCAUCAUAUGACAAUGGCAGCACCCAAUGUUGCCCCUCCUCCAGGUAUGAUCCCAGGUGACUUUAACGGAUCAUUUCCAGGUCAUUAUAGUCAUUAUCCACCACCAUUCCAUGGAUUCCCUCCUGGCUCUUUAAUAAUGACUGCCGCUGGGCCAUCGAAUGCAGGACAUGUUGCUUUUCAUCCAGAACACACUGACCAAAAUUUUAUGGUUCAAAACAUACACGAACCAGGUCCUGUUGCAACAUCUACGGCCUCAUUACCCGGAGACAAACAUCUUGUCAAAAUAGAAAUGCAACCUCAACCCUCGCAUAUACAAAAUAAUUCAAUUUCAUCAACUGUUUAUCAUUCACAAGAACUUGUUGAAGGUUUUCAUUUAUAUCAUGGCCAACCAGCAAAUGGUCAACCAGCUAAUAGUGUUGCUAAUAAGGCCGAGUUAAAACAAACAUCAUCUAACGACCCUAAAAAAAAAAAUUCUGAAACACAUGGUAAUAACUCUAACACUUCUGAUACACCUGCAACCGUCACUGAUUCACCUCCCCCUGUUAUUGUAGCUUCUGGUGCAACCAAAAAAACCAGUAGUACAGAAACUACUAAUGAGGGUACAAAUGUUACCAACUCCUCCAAUAAUGAAGCUUUGAAUGAGACGAAAACAAAUGAUGAUGGUGUAACCACAACCACGACUUCUCCAACCAUCAAAAACGAACACGAUGAAAAAGUAAAGGUGUAA